ACAGAGACAUGGCGGCCGCAGUGUCCGUGAGCUCAGCUGCAAAAGACGAGAAAUCCUACACUGGUGCCAGUUUUACCACCAAUCCACUCUAUAAAAGUUACGAUCAAACAGCCGAACCUGACAACUGGGGGUUUGAAACAGGUAAACACGCCAACUCGGACAACUGCGAUGAGGUUUCGCCGACGGGCAGCGACUGUCUGCGACGGGUAGAUGAUGAGCUGACGGCCCUCAGUCCAGAGGAGAUUGCGAGUCGUUUGGAAAGAAUGAGAAGAGAGUUUUACAAUCGGCGCAAAAUAAUUAUCAAGAAUCUCCCCGCCGAUAUCAGCAAUCAGGAGGUGCAUGAGCUGUUAAGCCACUAUGAUUUAAAGUACUGCUUUGUGGACAAAUACAAAGGGACAGCUUUUGUGACCCUACUGAACGGUGAGCAGGCCCAGUUUGCGAUUAAGGAAUUUCACCAGUAUGUCCUCCGUGAUCGCGAGAUCUCCGUGCAGCUGCAGCCAACUGACGCUUUGCUAUGCAUCGCCAACCUGCCCAGGGCUUUCACCCAGCAACAGUUUGAGGAGCUCGUCCGUCCUUUCGGAAACAUUGAGCGUUGCUUCCUGGUGCACAGUACCGCCACGGGUCACUCAAAGGGCUAUGGCUUUGUGGAGUACAUGAAGAAGGACUCUGCAGCGAGGGCAAAGUCAGAGCUACUUGGGAAGCAGCUUGGGUCACGCAUGCUGUAUGUGCACUGGACAGAGGUUGGCUCGCUCACUUACCCGAUGCUCCACUCGCACUGCCUCUGUGUGGACCGACUACCUCAAAGCAUCCACACCGCUCAGGAUCUCCGCAAUGUGCUUACUGGCAUGCCUGCUCCCAUAUUCUGCCAGCUUGCUCAGGGUCAAGAUUCCAGUUUUCGACGGUUUGCAGUGCUGGAGUUCUCCACGCCAGAUAUUGCUGAAGAAGUGCAGCGCCAGACUAAUGGAAGAGCUUUGGGUGGCACUCCCAUACGGGUGUCCUUCUGUGCACCUGGACCACCUGGAAGGAGCAUGCUAGCCGCCCUCAUUGCUGCACAGACUAUGGCCUUGAACCGAGGGAAAGGUCUCCUCCCUGAGCCCAAUGCCAUGCAAAUCCUUUCCAGCUUGAAUAACCCUGCCACAUUCAAGAUGCUGCUGGCGUCUCUCAAUCCAGGACAGAAACAAGUCGUCUCUCAAUAUGCAGGCCUGCUGGGAGCUGCACCUGCAGUACCUUUGCUGGCUAACCCUGCCCUCUCUGCUGCCUUGAUGCAGAUGUUGCUCCAAAACCAAGUCCAGCAGGCUGGAUUGCUGAGUGAAAAUCCUUUGGCAUCUCUUCCUCUCCAGCAAGGAAUUAAUAUGCUGGGGGAGUUACCUCAAGGUGGGAUUGCUCAAAGUUUGGGCUUUCAGAAUGAGCCUCUUGGGCCCAUCAAACAACCAUCCCUGGGCCGACCACUAGGCAGAGAAAUCGACUCCCCAACCACCCCAAUCGGCUUUCCCCCAACACCCUCUCCUGCAUUGCAGGGAAUGAGCAUGUCCCUAAUGGGUGGCAUGUUGGGAGCAGAUGGGCAAACUCUUCCAGGGGUAUCUCUAUUGGGUGAGCCUCCUAAAGAAGUAUCCCAGAACCCCUUUCUCAGUACUAGUUUAUUCCCAUCUUCAGGUGCCAGCACACGUGUCCACCCCUACAGGAAGAGGACGGCACUAGGCAGCACAUCAAACCAACGCUCAAACCAUAGCAUCCACUCAAACUACAGCCUGCGCUUCCAAGAGUCUUACACACCAGAGUUUCCACCUCUGCACCAGGACCCUUUGGCUCACUUGUAUAAGCAGGAGGAGGCUUUAGAAAAUGCAGCACUUUCCAGCUAUGGAUUGCAGCAGUCCAGACAUGCAUGCUUCAGUGAUCCAGGGUCUCCAUUCAGCUACCCGCCCAGCCCCCCUCAGUCCUCUUAUUUCAGUUUUGGAACCCCUACAAGCAUACCCUCCACCCAGCUCAAUAAGGCUGUAGGAAUGCCACCAAUGACUCCUUCCAGUAUAUUUUCUGCCGCACCUGGUGCUGGAAUGAAGACUCCUAUCGGUGGACAGAAGCGUCUGUUCUCCCAUCUCAUCCCAUCUCCAGAGCCCAGUCCGGAAGGUGGCUAUGUAGGUCAGCACUCUCAGGGUCUCGGGGGCCACUAUGCCGACUCCUACCUGAAACGCAAGCGCAUCUUUUAACCAGCAUUUAGGGCUUCCUCUGAACCAACAGUUUUAAGGAAUGGCACCGAAUGAACACCCCCUUUAAAUGUGUUUGUGUGUGAGAGAGGGUGAAAUGGAGAGAUAGGCCUCGCAGGAACCUCUGAAGGACCCUGAAGCUUGGAUUAUCAUGCGUCAAGUUUAAGUUUGUGUAUAUAAUUUCAAUGCCUUUUUGUAAAUAGUUGUUUUAUUUUGUUGUUUUAUUUGCCUUUUUAAUUUAGUUUUAUUUAUUUUUUUGUAAACCCAAAGAUCCAACAGUCAACACAAUGAAAGGAAAGGGUUUCCUCCCCCUGUUGGUCAGAAUAGACCAAUUUUGUAGGCUUUUUGUUUCCCUUUUCAUUGUUUAUUUUUAAUUUGAAUUAAGCAGGACAAUAGCCUUUUUUCAGCUAUGCCUCUUGUCAGUUGUGUAUAUAGUUAAGUAGUCAGAAAUGGCUCCCCCAUAUCAAACUUGUCCACUCAUUUACUAGUCUAAUGCCAAGCCUAAUAUGCUUGAAUAUUGCGUAUCUGUGCAGAGGAAAUGGUAGCCGUCUAUACUGUUCUGUAAGUUAACUGUCUUUGUCUUUUUGGGGAGCUCUGAUGCUGGUUUAAUUUUAGUUUUAGCUCAAAUUUCCCCCCACCACCACCUUGCACCGUAUUUGUGUUGCACUACUUUCAUUCCUCCAUCCUAUAUAAAAGAGUCAGGGUUUUCUGAGCUGAAUGUUUAAGUGUUGCACUUGGAGGAUAAUGUAUCAUGUAUCUUCAUCCUUUUCGUCACCUGUAAUGGUCUAUUUCAGCCUUGUUCAGGCUAGUUCUUGGGUUUUGCCUGCUCUCCCACCUCUCUUCCCUCUUACGGUGUUCAAUCUGCACAGUUUGCUGUUGCAAAGAGUUAACAUUUUUGCCGUCACAUAAGAAGCCCCAGCUGGUUGGAGAUGGAGUAUGGUGCGCCAUUCUCCCCUCACCAGGCUCAAAGUACUACUAAAAGCUCAGUAUGACAGCUGUUGCUUCUGUAACUCCCAUGUCAAACUCCCAUGUCAAUGUCUUGUUCUUUUGUACAGUACCUCUCCUCUGCAGUCCAGUAGAGGGAGCCAGUUAACUUUUAAAGGGAUAGUUCACCCUAAAAUUGACAAUUACUUAACCCUCAUGUUCCAAACCCAGUAGGGUAAAUUAUAUAACAUUUUGGUGAACUAUCCAUUUAAGGUGGCAACCGCCUGCUUUUUUUUUUUUAUUUAUUUUUCCCCCCCCCAUGUCUUUUUAAAUGCGAGCCAACAGUCUGAAACAGGCCGGACCUGUGCCCCAGUGUGACAUUAAUUUUACCGUCAUAACUGUGACUACAUUUCAUCUUUGUGGGUUUGCUGUCACCCUGAGGGGAAGGAGCUUCUGCAGACUGGAAUGUGAUUGACGUAUGAUUGAGUACUUGGUCUGUGUGUGACUUAUUAAUCUGGUUGACAUUUUGAUUUGUGAUAACCCAUUACCUCUGACAUGUACUGCGGCUUACAGUGGAACCCAGAGUUACUUGUGUACUAAAAAUGGCAGUGUUUACUGUAAUCUCUUCCCACUGUGAGCCUUAACUACAUUUAACGUUUGUUCAUUUGCGGUGUACACGCUUGAGCUAGAUUUAUAUUUCUCUGGAGUCUUGAACUCGUGUUCUUACAUUUCUUCUAGUCUGUAAUGAUAUCAAAAUUGCUGCUCUAUAUUUUGUGUGUAUCCAUUUGAGUGAAAUUGCACAGUGCAGUAUCUUGUAAAUGAUUUUUCAUGUGCGAUGUGUGGUAAGGGCUGCUGCUGUGUAAAAUGAACUGAAACUUUCACAUUAUUCAUCUGUUAAAUGAACGCUUCAUCAAUCAUUCUUUCCUUGUACAGCUCUACUGAUUUGUUUUUGUGACAUUUGAACAAGUAAAUGUUAUUUAAGUUCUCUUUCAUGAAGUUUUGUGGUGAAUUAAAUAUACAUAUAUGCA